GUGCUUUGCUUGUAAUCUCUGCGUAAUCGAGGAAUUAGGUGUCUGCCCGUGGUAGAAUUAAGAUAUCCUUCUUUCCUACAAACACAAAUAUCCCAAAUAAAUCAGGUGCCCUGUGCUACUAGCCUAGAAAGAAUAUAUAUGUUUUCAAGGACAGCCAUAACAAUUAGUUUCCAAUGGAAAAAUUCGUUCUGAAAUUCAUUCAAAUCCCAUUCGCACCAGGCAUUAGUUGUGAUCAUAAAAAAUGGGAUAGUGGCAGUAGCAUCAAGCCCAUUUCUUGUGGUUAUGGAGCUAAUUGCAAUUUCAAAGGGACCUCUUUGAAACCCACUUUGUUUACUGGAAAACGCUUAGGCAUAACAAAUAAAAGAGGUCUCUUGUGGGUGCAUGAUAUCAGAGCUACAGGGUCUCCAAAUAGCGGAGGAGGUAAUGCCCCUGGUCAAGGCAAACAAAAUAACGAUCUAUUUCCUUUAUUUGCAGGUAUAUUUGCGAAUUUGUUUAGACUGGGGCAGAAAAAGAGUAUUGAAAAAAUUGAAGAAAAGGUAGAGAAUACAGUGGAAAUUGUGGAAGAAGUGGCAAACGCUGCGAAAGAAGUUGCAAGUGUGACCGAAGAUCUUGCUGAAACAGUAGAAAAGCAGUCCAAAGAAGGGAGCAUUGUUUAUAAAACAGCUCAAAAUGUUGAUGAGAUCUCAAAAGAAGUGGGCAAGGAUGCAGAAAUUGUGGAGAAGCAAGUAGAAAAAGUACAAAAGGCAAUAAACACUAUGAAUGAAAAAGUGGGCAAGGCAGAAGAUGUUCUAAAGGAUAUUGAAGAAAUAAUAUCACAGGAAAAAAAAACGUCAUGAUGAUGAAUUUCAGGGAACUGCUGGAUUGGUGAAAUGUCAAUUGGAAGGGAUUGCUAAUUUACUAAAAUCUAUUGAAAAACAAAGCAAGUUCAUCAUUAAGAUUAGGUAAUUUGUCUUGACUCUUCAUUGUAUGGCUGUCUUAUGGUUAUGGUUAUGGUUAUGGUUGACAAAUGUAUACUUUGGGAGCAUUAGUCCUUAAAAUAUAUUUUAAAAAUAAUGGUAAGAUA